AUGGAGGGAGUUUUAUGGAAAUGGACAAAUUAUUGGAACGGAUGGCAGACAAGAUGGUUUGUGUUAGAGAAUGGUAUACUUUCUUAUUAUAAAUCACAAGAUGAAGUAGUUCAGGGAUGUAAAGGAUCAGUGAAAGUAUCUGUUUGUCAAAUAAAUGUUAAUACUAUUGACAACACAAGAUUGGAUCUAGUGAUACCGGGUCAACAGCAUAUGUACUUAAGGGCACCUUCUCCUCAAGAUAGACAAAAAUGGCUUGUGGCAUUAGGAAGUGCCAAGGCAUGUGUUGACGCACAAGAUAUAAAAGGUAUAAUCUUCGAGGAUACAAAUACUUUGAGUCAUAAAAAAUCUGAAUUGCGUUUGUAUUGUGAUCUCAUGAUGCAGCAAGUUCAUGCAGUGAAAAGUGCGGCAAAUGCAGAUACUGGUCCUGAAUUACAGACUAUUAAUGAUGCAACAAGUUUACUCACAGCAACGUGUGAUACAUUCAUCAGAACGCUGGAAGAUAUAAUGAAGCUUGCACCUCCAGGAGCUCCACCAACCACUCCAUAUGAAAUGCCCAUACCCAAUUUAAUAAUCACAAAAAACAACUCUUCAAAUAAAAUGCCUAGACAAUCACUAAGUAGAACUUUAUCACAAGAGAAUAGAUGAAUAUUUUAGGUAGGCUUGUAAAACAAAAAAAAAAACUAUUAUGCCAAUAGUAAUUGUCUUACGAAAUUGAAAUUGUUAGGACAUGAGUUAGUGUAAACCAUUCUUAGUUUGGUGUGUAAACGUAAUCUGUUGACAUGUAUGGUUACUGUGGCCUUGUAGGGAACAUCUUAUUCAUAGGCAUUUAUUAUGAAAAAGUUCCCAUUCAUGUGCUUACAAUUUACCAUUGUAACAUCUACAAAAUGUGCGUGUUGAAAAUGUACACCCUAUUUGAAUUCAAUUAAAUUUAUCUAUCAUACUAUAUUAUUAUAUCCUUUUGUGAAUAAUAUCUCGUGCACUAGUAGUCAUUCAUAAGUUUUCUUUUUCACUUUUUUUUAGGAUAUAUAUUUAAGGUAUGUUCCUUUAUUAUAACUUGGAGGUUGGACAUCAGCAGUACAACACAUAUUAUUAUAUUGAUGAUGAGAUGAUUCCAAUAAAUCAAUUCAAUAAAAGCUAUUAUUUUAUAUUUAAAUUUACAACUGUUCAAAAUUAGUAGUUUUUAAAUCACAUUUUUUAAUUAUCUACCAUUCAUUACUGAUGUUUGAUAGUUUCAAGUG